GAGGGAGGGAGGGAGACACACAGAGAGAGAGAGACAGAGAGAGGAAACUUUGCGUGACUGUGCACGAGGAGCUUUACAACCUCACCUUGGUAGUCGAGGCAACCACCGAGCACACCUUCUCUCAAAUUCCCAACAUCCGCUUGCGACGCACAGCGGCGAGGAAUCCCCCUCAGGAGAGCCAGGGGCUGCAUCCUCUCGAGCUGUUCAUGCCGGAUAAAGUUUACGAGCAGCGUGGCAGAGGAGAGGAUAAAGACUCGACUGCUCACCUUUUCGGAAAAACUUGUUGGGAAAGUCGCUCGUCGCCGCCAGCGGAGAUGGGCACCUUGCGCGACCUCCAGUACGCGCUACAGGAGAAGAUCGAGGAGCUGCGCCAGAGGGACGCGCUCAUCGACGAGCUGGAGCUGGAGCUCGACCAGAAGGAUGAGCUGAUCCAGAAGCUGCAGACCGAGCUGGACAAAUACCGCUCCGUUAUCAAACCUGCAACCCAGCAGGUCCACAAGCAUAACGAGCUCAAUGACCAGCAGCGGACGAAGAGGCAGGCGAUUUCGGCCGAACCGACUGCCUUCGACAUCCAGGAUCUUAGCCAUGUCACCCUACCCUUCUACCCCAAAAGCCCACAGUCCAAGGAUCUGAUCAAGGAGGCCAUCUUGGACAAUGACUUCAUGAAGAACCUGGAGCUGUCGCAGAUCCAGGAGAUCGUGGACUGCAUGUACCCUGUGGAGUAUGGAAAAGACAGCUGCAUCAUUAAGGAGGGCGAUGUGGGAUCCCUGGUCUAUGUCAUGGAAGAUGGAAAGGUGGAGGUGACGAAGGAGAGCAUGAAGCUCUGCACCAUGGGGCCAGGGAAGGUGUUUGGAGAGCUGGCUAUUCUCUACAACUGCACUCGGACCGCCACUGUCAAGACUCUAACAAAUGUGAAGCUGUGGGCCAUCGACCGACAAUGUUUUCAGACCAUUAUGAUGAGGACGGGUCUCAUCAAGCACACGGAGUAUAUGGAGUUUCUGAAAAGCGUCCCCACAUUCCACGAUUUGCAGGAAGACAUCCUGAGCAAGCUGGCUGAUGUCCUUGAGGAGACACAUUACGAAGAUGGAGAGUACAUCAUCAGGCAGGGGGCUCGAGGAGACACCUUCUUUAUCAUCAGUAAGGGAAAGGUUAAUGUGACGAGGGAAGAUGUGCCCAAUGGAGAGCCUGUCUACCUGCGCAGCCUCGGAAAAGGCGACUGGUUUGGGGAGAAAGCUCUGCAAGGGGAGGACAUCAGGACGGCCAACGUCAUUUCAGCAGAGGCAGUCACCUGUCUAGUCAUCGAUAGAGAUUCAUUCAAGCACCUGAUCGGAGGUUUGGAGGACGUGUCCAGUAAAGGUCUGGAGGAUGCUGACGCCAAAGCCAAGUAUGAAGCAGAAAACGCCUUUUUCUUCAACCUCAACUUGCCUGACUUCAACAUCAUCGACACCCUGGGGGUCGGUGGCUUCGGACGUGUUGAGCUGGUUCAGCUCAAGAGCGACGAGAACAAAACCUUCGCCAUGAAGAUCCUGAAGAAGCGGCACAUUGUCGAUACGAGACAGCAGGAGCACAUUCGCUCAGAGAAGCUCAUCAUGCAGGAGGCCCACUCUGACUUCAUUGUUCGACUCUAUAGAACCUUCAAGGACAGCAAGUACCUCUACAUGUUGAUGGAAGCUUGUUUAGGAGGAGAGCUAUGGACCAUUCUUCGAGACAGGGGUUCAUUUGAGGACUCCACCACCAGGUUUUACACGGCUUGUGUGUCGGAGGCCUUCGCUUACCUGCAUUCCAAAGGAAUCAUCUACAGAGACCUCAAACCAGAAAACCUUAUAUUGGACCACAGGGGAUAUGCCAAACUGGUGGACUUCGGUUUUGCCAAGAAAAUUGGGUUUGGGAAGAAGACGUGGACGUUCUGCGGGACGCCAGAAUAUGUAGCUCCAGAAAUUAUCCUGAACAAGGGCCACGACAUCUCAGCUGACUACUGGUCCCUAGGAAUCCUCAUGUUUGAGCUCUUAACUGGAAGCCCUCCAUUCUCUGGCCCUGAUCCCAUGAAAACAUACAACAUCAUCCUGAGAGGCAUUGACAUGAUCGAAUUUCCAAAGAAAAUUACCAAAAAUGCUGCCAACCUAAUCAAAAAGCUAUGCAGGGAUAAUCCUUCUGAAAGACUGGGAAACUUGAAAAACGGUGUCAAAGACAUCCAAAAGCACAAAUGGUUUGAGGGCUUUAACUGGGAGGGCUUGAAGAAGGGGACAUUGACCCCUCCUAUUAUCCCCAAUGUCACAUCAGCAGUCGACACAAGUAACUUUGACAACUUCCCGGAGGACAACGAGGACCCGCCUCCUGACGACAACUCGGGCUGGGAUGUUGAUUUUUGAAGUCGUCCUCUCCUCCUUAAAACCAAAAGGAACUUGUCUUUUAUUGGCUCCGAGGCCAUCCUGAGGACAUGGCUGUGUUGUAAAAAAAAAAAAAAAACUGCAUUCAAAUGAAAGAGAGGAUAUGAAAAAGAAGGAGGACAGAUGGAUGGCAAACCUUCUGGGUCACCGAUAUGCCUUUAUUUCACUGUGGCUCUGGAUCAAGCAUUUAUAAUGGGACUGCUGUAGCACUUCUCAAGUGUUGUCUUACGCUCGGCUCCGAAGGCAAACGGCGACGAAAGUGCAGGGAUACACACACGUACACACAAUACGACAGAGGCUGAUAAUGGAGCCAGAGUUUCCUAUGUAACGUGGAAAGGUGUUUAAUGGGUGAAUGAAUGUUUGGUAGUCUGUCUAAGUUCUACGAUGAAUACGAGAGUGAAAAGUGUAAUGAUGGACGGCUGAACAAGAGAGGAGGCUGAUGAUUGAAUUUUCUUUCUCUGUGUUCUAUCCUCUGCGGUAUUUGGCGAAAUAUGUGGUGGACUUUGGGAGGUUAUAACGUGUUACUGUAGUCGUUCCCUGGUUUUUGACACAUGGCCGCUCGCUACAGGUUCAAAUCCUCUUCAGAGAUCCACGGUUUGCAAGUAAACCCGGCAUCAAGUGCUCAAGACUAUUCUGAAUGUCGCUGAUUCUCUUCUAUUCAAAUCCACAUAGGACACAGUAUGUACGGUACAUAGUAUUUGAAUUUACAAGUUACACAAAUCAGAUACUUAGUAGCCCUUAUAUAGAAUACACCUACCCUGAGAAGCACAAACAUUGUGCACUGAGUGGAACCAGACGUUACUCUUCAAGUGCCCUGCUCCAAUUCUAAUGAAUCACACACCGACACACUUGAAAUGUCAAUUAGUAUUUCCAUGAAACAAUCUGUCAUUAUGCACUUAAGACCAUUAACUGAGAAAAUCACCAGUUAGAGCUUAGUUCAAGCGUCAGUAGAUGAAGUCACACUCACUUUUUUUCUUUAAUAUGCUUUUAAUCACAUAUAUAAAGCUUCUCUACCAACGUACUUCUUAAUUAUUUUAUUUUUUAUUUUUUUUAUCACCCGAAUGCCUCUUCCCAUCCAACCAAACGGGACGUGCUCUGUUUGCUCCUGUAUAGUUCUGAUAUAACUGUGAACAUGGUUUCAAUGUCUUUGGUGCUGUUAAUGAUUUAAUUAUAAUAGGCAAUUGGUGACGCAACAGUACUGGUUAUUGUUUUUUUGUAUAGUGAUUUUCCUUUGUGCUUGGUUUCUUUGUAAACGUACUUGACUUCCUUCUUUAGAAAAUCAGAGACUUGUGUCGAUUUGUAAACUUGAGUGAAGAAUUUGUUCGGUAUCACUUGACGCCAUGUUGCAUUGUGCUAAGUGGUGUUUUUCAAGGUUUUUUAAACAGGUUUAAACCAUCCUUGUCUUUGAAGGCAACAUUGACCACAUUCGCAUCAUCUUACCGCGACCUUAACUUAACUUAAAAACAUGUCGUAGAGAUUAUAAAGCGUCUCCUGGAGGCAGACGGCAAAACAAAAGGAGAUUAUAUUUUCUGAAACUCACAGCUUCGAUCACUAUCCCGAUCUCUCACUCAGCUCAUCACCUCUCACGCCCCAAUCAGAUGUAAUGUAAGUGCCUUAAAUCAAUGGCAUAUAAAAACGAUCAUCCCGAGACCUUUUCGAUGCUGCAUGAACACAUAUACACCUCAACAACCUUGUGUCCUCUUAGAUGGCUGCUUCUCAUCCUUUGUUAUACCUAAUAAAUACAUCAAUCACCUUGGAAAGAUUUUCUAGUCAUUUGAAGGCGAGAUAAAUUAUGUAUGAAAUAAAUGUCCUGCUUUUCCCAGACGAGUUCUCUCACAGGAACAUUUAUAAACAGUAAAAAACAAAUCGUCAUACCCAACAGAGCUGCAAUGACAUGCUUUUCUCUACAUAUCUAGUCAUGUGAUAUAUAUAUAAAGUCCAACCCCAGCAGGUCUGAUAUGAAGUGAAGCGUAAAUCCCAGCUCAGAGGGAGCAUCCGUCAUCUGAUUCAGUCCACAACCCUCCACCAGUACUGAGCAUUUAGAGAUGGCAGGAAUGAUUUGCGGUUUUGAAUGUUUCGGGAAUGUGACGUUGAUAUUCUUGUUUACCACUGUUGACAAUCUUUGACUGUACGAUAGCACUGAUCAUAAUGCAUCAUCAUCAUCAUCAUCAUCAUCAUCAAGAUUCUCCAUUAAUGGUUGGGUUCGAAGAAAGUGGAACAGCACAACUCAUGUUUCAUCCCAAUAAACUAAACUCACACACCUACUUGCAUUUAAGAUUGCAUAUAUCAAUGAAAACUAUUGAUGGCAAGCUACAGAUGAGAAGGAAUUUUAAUUCAGUAGGUACACCAUAAUUAUUUUACUGUAUUACGGGCAGGUUAUGUCAUUACAAAGCCUUAUGUGUGUCAUCACUUUACCAACCGCUGAUUCAGAGUCUUAUAUUGACCGCCUUCUUGCAAUGUUACCUGAUAUUUGCCUUGUGUUAUGUUGUUUAUCCUGCUGUAAAUUGAUUUUGCAGAGUGCCACGUGUAAGAUUUUUAAAAUUAUAGAGUAAAAACAAUACUUUUGA